AAGAACUUCUUUCUUCUCUCAUCUUCCCUUCCCAUAACUUCAUCGCCUUCAUUCGUUUAACACGACCCAGCCUAGCAGCACAAACGGAAUUGUCGACUUGUCUGAUCCAGGUUCAGGAAUUAUCAUACUCUAAGACAUAAGGAUACAAUUAUAUAAAUAUAUACACGAUGCCAUCCACCACACUCAUCGCUGUGAGUGCUCUUGCAGCCAUUGUCAGUGUUGCAGUCUAUUUGCCUAUGCAAAGGACUAAAUCGUUACUCGAAGGGCCAGCAUUUGUUGAAAACUUUGGUAUGGAGCGGUGUCAACGUAUUUCCGGCCCUGCUUACUGUGAUGACGUCCGCAUUCAACGAAACCUCAACCUUGGAUUCUUGGCUUGCGAUCCUUCACUGCCUUAUCGCAAUUUUGCUGCUAGUGUUUUCGAUGAAUCCAAGAUCCAAGAGAAUGGCGCACUCUGGUUAUAUGAUCUUAAUAAGCCAGGAACAUCUGCAGAAAAACUUUCCAUCAAGGGAUUUGACGGGCCCUUUCAUCCGAGCGGUAUCACUUUUGCACCCACAUCAGAAGACGGUACCCCCGCUCGUGUGGUUAUCUUGGUUGUGAAUCAUGUUCCUCUGGAGGUUCCUCGUGUCGAGGUGCUUUAUUAUUAUCCCGCACGUAAAAGUCUUGUCUACAAAAAGACCAUUUCAAGCGAGCAUUUUUUCGCUGCCAACAAGAUUGCAGCCUCAAGUUCGCCUACGGUCCAUCAGUACGAUGAUACUCCUUCGUUCCAUAUCGUAAACGACCACGGUUACAACAUCACGGAUUGGAAGCGUGAAUAUGAAGAAAAGUACAACCUUCCUGCAUCUUCACUCGUAUACUAUAACGCUCGUGCAGAUAAGGCACAGGAGGUUGGAUGGCGUCUUCAGAUGCCUACUGGAUUGGUUUCUUCACAUGACGUCGACUCUGUGUGGAUUGCACAAGGCAAGAGUGGGACGAUCGACCUUUACAAAUCUCAUACUUUCUCUGCAGAGCAUCAAGAGCAAAAAAUUUUGAGUGCGGAUACUCGCCAGCCCAUCACUAUUACGUGGCCUGGUAUGCUUAACGAGGAGGUCAUGCACACCAAGGUCGUAAAUGUUGGAGUUGAUUAUGAGCAGGAAACCAAGACGUUGGUCACGGUCUCGCACCCCAAAUGGAAUAACUAUUUGCAGGUUGCAAAGGAUAAACUACAAAACAAGGAUGUAAAUCCCUCUGUGAAGGCUGGUCUAAUCAUCUCCCGUGGCAACAAAUACCCUGUUCGCGUAGGUGAGACGCGUCCCAAACCUCGUAAGGACGUGGUAUUUGAUCCCGAAGAGAGACCCCGCAAAUACAAGUACCAACUCUUCCUUGAGCCCGUGAUCAGUCACGAUGGAUCGGAGUUUGGAUCACCUUCAGCCAUCGCCGUCGCUAACAACCGCGUCUUGGUCUCGAGCCACUAUGAGCAGGGAUUUUUGGAUUGCAACAUCGCCCCAUAGUUAAAAAAAUCACCUAAUACAAAUGUGUAAUAAUAGCCAUGUCAAAUGCUUUCCUAAUAAUAAUAUGUAAUGAAAGGUGAAGGCAUGGUAAAAAAAUCGAU